AUGGAAACUGAACCUUUAGAUCUAGAGGAUGGUGAGGUUGUUGAGGAUGAGCCGAUUGAUGCCUUUGACACUUACACGAUUCUCCAGAGGCCACAGACAACGUCUAAUCCUAAAACGAUAAUUGAGCCAAAUUACAGCGAUGACAGUGAAGAUACUGACGGAUCUGCAGACUCUGCCAGUGAUUCAGACUCUCAUUUGGCUAAAACAAAGAGACCAAAAUUGAAGGCACGUAGACGUAAGGUUGAUUCGUCCCAAAUACCAAAUAAGUAUAAAAUAUGGUGUACACAAGUGCAAGAGGAAGCACUGACUGAAAACUUGGUUUCAUGUGGAGUAACGAGAAAACUGCAUCAAGGCAGAAGUGUUGAGAACUAUGAUAUACCGAGACACUUUCGUAUGAAUGGAUAUGACAAACAUUUGAAUAACGUGAGUUCUGAUGAGGAGAAAGAAGUGGCUUACAGAACAAGUAAUAAAAGAACACAUACUGAGAGACGUAAUGUCAAGCUCCGACUUGGUAAACGCUCUAAUUCAAUGGAUGUUGAUAAUCAAAAAGGUUCUGUAAGAACUAUUUUAGAGUUGCAGACAAGUGUUGAGUCAACAGAUGAUGAAGUUGCUAAUGAUAUAGCUGAAAAGCUUAAUGAAAAAAAGGAUGCUCUUAUUAAACGAAUAGUUGAUAUUAUUGGUAAGGAAAAGUCUAUAGAGUUUUAUAAAAAAACAAAAGAAAUCGAAGAAGAUGGUGGCUUAUUGAUAAUGAAUGGAUCAAGAAGACGAACACCUGGUGGUGUUUAUUUUUAUCUUGUUAAAAAUGAUGAACAUAUACCUCAGGAACAAAUACGUGAAAUAUUUUCAUUAGAUAAAAAAGAGGCUAAUCAUACAAAAAAGAAAAUUAAUUCUGCUAGGUUACGAGAAAAAUCUAAUCAAUUAAUGAAAAGUUUGGAAAAUGGUUCAGAAAAGGAUUUACCAGCAUUGUUAACAAGAGCCGAGUUGUCGACAAAAAUAGCUGAGGAAGCAAGAUUAAGACGUGGUGAAGGCAUGGAUAGACUUCCAAUAGACUCCGAACAUACGGUAUCAAAUCCUCCACCAAGCCCAGCUACUGACGAUCCUGACCAUUCCGAUAGUGCUCCCAAUCAAAGACGAGUUCAAGAUUACAGCGACGACUUUCUUGAUAUUGGUGUAGAUGUUGAUGUUAUGGAGAUGUUUUAA